GCCUUUUGACCCCCGCAACAUUACAACGCCUUGUGCCUCGUAGCUACAUGCAAGCAUCGAAACAAAACUUAUGAGCUGCCAUCGCAUUUUCCAGGCUUUGCAAGAGUGCCAGCGUCGGUACCCUCGCGAUCACGAAUUCGUCUGCCAGCAUCUAACGUCAAAAGCGGGCUGGUGCUUGUUCACUGGAGUCUGUCCCGCAGAAGUUCGCGACCUCGAGGACUGCGUGGGCACCACCAACGCGUCGCAGAUCGGCACAUUUGUGCCGCCGCGCUGCGAGCACAAGGCCGAGGCACUGUCGGCCUGCAUUGAGGGCCACCGCUCCGCAGCCCAGCGCCGCACCAACGAGUGCCCCAGCAAAGGCGCGAAGACGCCACCGCAGGCACAGCCGCAGGCGCAGGCGCCGCCUGUGUCACAGCAGUAGCAGGGACCGGCAGUAGCAACAGCAGGGCACGCCAGCCGUGCCGUG